UGAUGGUGCUGCAGUGAAGAUGGCGGAGAAAGGAGACGGCCAUCUGAACCCAAUCAACAGAAAAGCUCAGUGAGGUUGUCACCAGAACAUUUGGGUAGUUAGUACUGGCAGAAGAUCUGGCCAAACAGGAUGGACAGUGCUUAGAUGUGGGCAACGUUUAAGCUGAAUGCAUUGUGAUUUCCAAUAAUUGAGACAGUGAUUUCUAAAAAGCUGUCUACAUUAAUGAAAAGAACAAUGUUGUCAGCUUAGCAUAUUCAACCAUGUACAUGAAUAUGAUUAAAUUGGUGUCUUUAGCUUUGUAAUGUAUUCAUGCAUGUAUUAAGGCUGCAGUUGUUUUAGCUGAAGAGUUAUACAUUGUCAGAUCACUUCCUUGUUGAAUUCUUUUAUAGUUUUUAAUAUAGUUUAAGAUAUUGAACAUGGAUGUGAAUGAGAUUUUACCUCCCCUCCCAUUGGAGCCACCAGACACAAUAUUGGUGGGGAAUGAUUACUGUAAUGCACCUCCACCACCUCCCCUGCAAACGUCCAGUGACGCAGAGGAAAUGGACGUUAGCUCUGGUGGUGAUGGACACCAAAACACCCUAGCAGUGGACAGGGACGAACAGCUCCUCAACAAGCGCACAUUGUCCUUUAGUGUCUUCCCAUCAGAUAAUCCUGACACCGUGGCCAUGUGCCCUAGAACCGCACGCCAUGCUCCCCCAGUUACCAAGUUCUUACCUGAUCUCAAACUCCUCAGAGAUGUAAAGGUCCGUGUCUGUUUCUCAGACAGCAGUAAAGACAGUAAAGACAGGAAGGUUUUGUACACAGGUGUGGGGCAGGUUAGGCAUGGAGAUCACAGCUUAGAGAGCCUGAAUGGUGAGUUUCAUGAUUCUCUAGCCCAGGGGAGUGUGCUGGGCAGCUCAGGCACUAGAAACGGUUCUCUAGGUUUAGCUAGAAACAUUGAAGAGAUGGAAGCUGAGCAGGAGAACAAGGUUGAGUUUGCCGUGCUGGACGACCUGGAAGAUUUUAGUGAGAACUUUCUGGAAGCGGAAGACGGAGAACUGAGUGGUUUCAGGUCUGAGGUGAUAGUUCAACAGGAGCGAGUGAACGAAGAGGACAUGAGUUACUCCUAUGAGGAGGAAUUUGACAAUGAUGUAGACGCCCUGCUGGAGGAAGGCAUGCCCUUGCCCAAGAAGAGGCGUCUGGCUGAGGACCGGUACACUGGAGACAGUGAUCACCAUUCAGAUGGGGAGGCUGGAGUUCAGCCCAUGAUGACCAAAAUUAAGACCGUUCUUAAGAGUCGCGGGCGUCCACCUACUGAGCCGUUACCUGAUGGUUGGAUCAUGACAUUCCAUAAUUCUGGCAUUCCAGUCUACCUCCACCGGGAAACCAGAGUUGUAACCUGGUCUAGACCUUACUUCCUUGGUACAGGAAGCAUCAGGAAACAUGACCCACCAACCAGUAGCAUUCCCUGCUUGCACUACAAGAAAAAGAAGGAACAUGAGGAAAGGGAACAAAAUGGAGAGGUGACUCCGAAUGCAGAGGUGUUGCCGGUGGAAGAGGGGGUCUCAUUGGAGAGAGCUGAUGAGCCUGACUCUACUGCUACAGAAGAAGCAACUGGCCAUACUGCAUCCGAAGAGCCAGGUCUUGACCUCAUUGAGCCAGGAGGGUUUUCAGAGGGGAAGGAAGUACAGUCCAGUGAUACUGCACAGGGAGCCCUGGGCCAGGUCAAAGCCAAGGUUGAGAUCUGCAAAGACGAGUCUAUUGACAUUGAAGAAUUCAGAAACUACCUAGAGAAGCGCUUUGAUUUUGAGCAAGUGACAGUGAAGAAGUUCCGCACAUGGGCCGAGCGCAGGCAGUUCAACAGAGACAUGAAGAGGAAGCAAGCGGAAUCUGAGAGGCCUAUCUUACCAGCCAAUCAGAAGCUCAUCACUCUGUCCAUGCAGGACACGCCUACAAAGAAAGAAUUUGUCAUCAACCCCAACGGAAAGUCAGAGGUGUGCAUUUUACAUGAGUAUAUGCAAAGAGUGCUCAAGGUGCGACCAGUUUACAACUUUUUUGAAUGUGAAAACCCAAGUGAACCCUUUGGAGCCUCCGUCAUUAUAGACGGAGUUACAUAUGGCACAGGAACAGCAAGUAGUAAAAAACUUGCAAAGAAUAAAGCUGCUCGAGCAACACUGGAGAUCCUCAUUCCUGACUUUGUCAAACAGACGUCUGAGGAAAAGCCUGUAGAGGGAGAUGAACUGGAGUAUUUUAAUCAUAUCAUUAUUGAAGAUUCACGGGUGUACGAGCUUGCCAACAAAGCAGGUUUACUCUCACCAUAUCAGAUCCUUCAUGAGUGCCUUAAGAGAAACCAUGGGAUGGGUGACACCAGCAUCAAGUUUGAGGUCAUCCCAGGAAAGAACCAGAAGAGUGAAUACGUCAUGACAUGUGGGAAGCACACUGUACGCGGCUGGUGUAAGAAUAAGAGGGUGGGAAAGCAGUUAGCAUCACAGAAGAUACUUCAAAUGCUUCAUCCUCAUGUGAAGAACUGGGGCUCACUGCUGCGCAUGUACGGCAGAGAGAGCAACAAGAUGGUCAAAAAGGAGAAUUCUGAUAAGAGUGUGAUUGAGCUUCAGCAGUUUGCCAAAAAGAACAAGCCAAACCUUCAUAUCCUCAACAAGCUACGAGAGGAGAUGAUGAAACUGGCUCAAGAAAGGGAGGAAGCAAGGAAGAAGCCGAAGAUGACUAUAAUUGAGUCAGCUCAUCCUGGCAGUGAGCCUCUGUGUACUGUUGACGUCUAACAAACCCUCAGCCAACCUGUCAUGAUAGCCGAUAACACUAACCUAUGGUAAUAGUUUUAACAAAAGGGUCAUUGUACCAUUACUGAAUUAUGCAUUACUUUGCUGUGCAAUGGCAAUACUAGUCAGAUUUGAGCUAUUCCCAAUCCUGUUAUUGUUUCUCUUAUGGGUUUGGUAAGUCAUUUAAGGAUGUGUGCACUAACGGGAAGGUAGAAUGAGCAUAAUAUACCUCCCAGAUGAACUUGUGCACAAAUGACUUUGACAAGAAUGCCUAUAUGAAUCAAAGUGGUAAAAUUAUGUUAAGUAUUACUGAUGCUUGCAUUUUUAAGUUUGUGGCUUUUAGAUGUUAAUAAAAUGUUGUUAUACACCUAAAAUAAACUGCAAAUAAAUUAAUUUCAUAUUUACAAUGGAACCCCAGAUUUCAUGAAUAUAACAGAUACAAUCACAGUACUCUUAAUUGAUGCAUUUCAACAAACACAGGUUCCUUUUUUAAUGUCUUAUGUCAGUAUGCAGAGUUGUUCAUUCUGGAUUUGUCAUUACUGGCAGUGCAUGUGACCUUUUUAUCUGGAAAAAGGGUUUAGAAUGACUUGAGUGUGUGUGUGUGUGUGUGUGUGUGUGUGUGUGUGUGUGUGUGUGUUUAUCUUCAGUGACCAGGUCUAGUCAUUAUGGACCUUAGUCAGAGUAGCGCAUAUUUGAUUUUUGAUGGUCUUGCAGUCUCUUCAAAGGGCUGAACUGUUGUUUGAAUUGAUGUUGAUCAUUUAGCUGACGAAACAACUCAAGUGGAUUGGACCGAGAACAUGAGUUGUAAAAAUUUGUGAUUAUGACUUUUAUGUGCAUGACAUUGAAAAAACAGACGGCCUUGUUUUCAUCUGUGAAAAAUUACUUAUGUCUACCCUCAUUAAGGUAUAUUCGGACAUGAAACAAAUGUAUUUCUAAAUUGAAUGUGCACACUUCAACUGCGGUUCAGAAAAGCACUAAUGUUAUAACUUUGCUUUGAAUGAAAUGAACAACCUUUUUCAAUUAAUGAGUGGUAAUGUAUAUCAGUGGUCAACGUGAUUAAUUCUAAUUAGUGUUUUGUUCAGAAAGCACUGCAUAGAAAACACGAGCUCAAGUGUUUGAGGUACUGUAGUUAAUAAGGGAGAGAAGAUGAUGUUUGCUUAUGUUACAAUUGUUAUGCUCAUAAUCUAACUCUUGAAUGAUUGACUGGAAGGAAAAGUUGGACAUGUUGCUUUUAGUUUUUCCCCUUUCAUUAAUGGUACAUUGUGUCUCAAAAGGGAAAUGCCUCUCAAAUCUGCAUUUGUGAUUCUGUAUGUUGUGUAUUUGCUGUGGAGUGGUGCUUGCUGUCUUGUAUUGAUACUUUAGAGAAUAUAUAAUUUUUAUUUAUUUUUUUGCAUGUGCUUAUUUGCAUUUGUCUGAGAGCUUGUAUGGCUUGGGUACAUUUGCCAUGGUGAUGAGGUGAUUGCUCAUUUCAUUUUAUUCUGAUCUUACUAUUUUGGUGUAUUCAAUAGUUUGAACCACCUUCAUUAUUUCAGAAGGCAGUUUACCUACAAAAAAGAUUUGGUAACUCCAUACCUCGAACAAAAUCAGACCAUGUCAUAAUAUUCAAUGGCUUGAAAAGCAGUGUGAACCAAAGCUUAACAAUUGUGCAUUUUUAUAGAAUAGUGCUGCAUAGCAAUUCACAAAUAUAUAAAUGGAAUACAAUGUUGAAUAUGGAAAAAAGAUGCAAUAACUGUUGGAUUAAAAGAUGGUCCCUGUUUGAAGAAAACUGCUGUUUUUCUAAAAUCACAUUUAGGGAGGAGAAAUGUUCUGGCCUUGAGAUACGACAACAAGGUCUUUGAAGUCCCAGUAUUUACCAUCAACACAAACACAGUGGAAAGGAUGAAUCAUGUUUUCUUAGGACAGGGACUUAAUAAAACUGUCAUUGACUUAAAUAUUUUAGUUGGUGUGGUUCUCCUGAAUGUUUACUGCAUCUAAGGCACUUUCUUGUUUUCCAUGAGCACAAGGCUGCUGCCAUGCUAAGAGUGCAGAAUGUGCUUUCCCUAUAGAUUUCUGGAGUGUGACUUGUUCCAUCAUUCUUGCCAAGUGUGUAUUCACUGUAUGAAAAAACAUGUGCUUUUUAGUUAUCAUUGAAGGGAUGUUAAACGUCAGAUGAUCACUGUUACAACACAGUGAUUUAUGCAAAUAAAUCAUGACCAGACACU